AUCUACCCCCGGCUUGUUUCUCCUUCUCACCCAUCACUUCCCCUGGAACUGACACCCAUUACUCCAGUCCCCCCCAGUCUCAGCUUUGGUCUCCAGCCCCGUCUGCCCAAGGAUUGGCCUGAAGGCUCUGCCGCUGAGGGUCACGGAGGAUCAUGACUAAGACAGAUCCUACCCCUAUGGCCCCUCCGCUCCUGGACAAGGAGGAAGAAGAGGAUGCGGAGGAUGAGGAGGUUCCCGAGGCCCCCAGCCCCACCCAGGAGCGCCGACAGAAGCCUGUUGUGCACCCCUCAGCACCUGCCCCCCUCCCCAAGGACUACGCUUUCACCUUCUUCGACCCCAAUGACCCGGCGUGCCAGGAGAUUCUGUUUGACCCGCAGACUACCAUCCCUGAGCUGUUUGCCAUUGUGCGCCAGUGGGUACCCCAAGUACAGCACAAGAUUGAUGUCAUUGGCAAUGAGAUUCUGCGCCGAGGCUGCCAUGUGAAUGAUCGUGAUGGGCUGACCGACAUGACACUGCUUCAUUAUGCCUGCAAGGCUGGGGCCCACGGAGUCGGAGACCCCGCUGCGGCGGUGCGCCUCUCACAGCAGCUGCUGGCGCUGGGCGCAGACGUGACCCUGCGCAGCCGCUGGACCAACAUGAACGCGCUGCACUAUGCCGCCUAUUUUGAUGUGCCCGACCUCGUGCGUGUGCUGCUGAAGGGUGCUCGGCCUCGAGUGGUGAACUCCACAUGCAGUGACUUCAACCAUGGCUCAGCCCUACACAUCGCUGCCUCUAACCUGUGCCUGGGUGCAGCCAAAUGUUUGCUGGAGCACGGUGCCAACCCGGCGCUGCGGAACCGAAAGGGACAGGUGCCAGCGGAGGUGGUCCCGGACCCCAUGGACAUGUCCCUGGACAAGGCAGAGGCAGCACUGGUGGCCAAGGAGCUGCGGACCCUGCUGGAGGAGGCCGUGCCACUCUCCUGCGCCCUCCCCAAGGUCACGUUACCCAACUAUGACAACGUCCCAGGCAAUCUCAUGCUCAGCACAUUGGGCCUGCGCCUGGGAGACCGCGUGCUGCUGGAUGGCCAGAAGACGGGCACACUGCGGUUCUGCGGGACCACGGAGUUCGCCAGCGGCCAGUGGGUGGGCGUGGAGCUGGACGAGCCUGAGGGCAAGAACGACGGCAGUGUCGGUGGUGUCCGGUACUUCAUCUGCCCCCCCAAGCAGGGUCUCUUUGCCUCUGUGUCCAAGAUCUCCAAAGCAGUGGACGCGCCCCCUUCAUCUGUCACCUCCACACCUCGCACUCCCCGGAUGGACUUCUCCCGUGUCACUGGCAAAGGCCGAAGGGAACACAAAGGCAAGAAGAAGCCCCCAUCAUCCCCAUCUCUGGGCAACCUGCAGCAGCGAGAGGGAGCCAAGGCUGCGGUUGGAGACCAAGUCCUUGUCGCAGGCCAGAAGCAAGGGGUCGUGCGCUUCUACGGGAAGACAGACUUUGCCCCAGGUUACUGGUAUGGAAUUGAGCUAGACCAGCCCACGGGCAAGCAUGAUGGCUCUGUCUUUGGUGUCCGGUACUUCACCUGCCCCCCAAAGCAUGGAGUCUUUGCACCAGCAUCCCGAAUUCAGAGGAUUGGUGGAUCCACUGACCCCCCUGGGGACAAUGUCGGAGCCAAAAAAGUACAUCAAGUGACAAUGACGCAGCCCAAACGCACCUUUACAACAGUCCGGACCCCAAAGGACAUCGCAUCAGAGAACUCAAUCUCCAGAUUGCUCUUCUGCUGCUGGUUUCCUUGGAUGCUGAGGGCGGAGAUGCAGUCUUAGAGGCCCUGGACACCUGACAAAGAGACAGCCCCUCUAGCAUCUCCUGACACAAGGAGCCCCCAAGUCACCCUGAGAUAGAUAUUCCCAGUAACACAUCCAGAAUAGAGAUCCCCAUUAGCCAGUCCUUACUAAUCACUGAGGCCCCAUCAUUAACAGAUUCCCCCAUGAUAAAUGCCCAAAUACAGAUCCCAUGUUACCCAGAAAGAGAUAUCCUGAGUGUAGCUCCUUCAGGCUAGUCCCUAUCCUCAACCACUCAGAGCAGGACUCCCAAUAACAGAUUUCCACAUCACCCCAAAUGGUGACCUCCACAUAAUGCUCCACAGCAGAACAUUCCUCAGUCACUCAUCCCAGAGCCCUCCCCCAUUAAAAAAGAUUCCCAUCAAAUCCCCUUGAAAUAAACACGUCACGCCUCCAGAGCUGCAGUUACAGACCUUUAUGUCACUAUGCUACAUUUAACAUCAGUCCCCUCAAGAUGUGAUUCCCCAUAGUUACCCCAAAACCCUUACACUGCAAUCAGAGACCCCCCUCCAUUUACAAAGACCCCUGCUCUUACCCCUGAAGAAGAGACACAUUAACCAGGCCACUGACACCUCCAAUUUACAGAUACCACAAUAGUCCUGGAAGUACUAAUUACAGGACCCCCAAGUGUUCCUAUCCUCUGCACCCUCAAGAAUCCCCCAGUGCCUUGUAUGAAGCCCACCCCAACAUGGCCCACAGCCCCUGUGCUGGCCAGAUUCCCAGAAAAUUCUCUAUUUUUAAAGUAAUGACUUUCCCUUUUGGGGGACCCAAAAAUUUGGAGCCCCUAUUUUGAGACUGGGGAUCCUAAAUUCCCCUGUGCCCCCAAGUCCUACAGCCUCUAGAAUAACCCUAAGCCCUAGUUUCCAGGACCCCCAAACCAUGGGAUCCCAAAAUUCCUAGGGAGUUCCUAAAUGUAAAAAUCCAAUCCCAAGCCCCCAGGAAACCCUAAUCAUGGAAGUCCUUGUGCCUGGAAUGGAGGAGACUGCAGUCAGGACAUGUAUCCCAGGCUACCAUGGCCCCUUAAGCCCUAUGCAUAGGCAUCAGGAGACCCCAAACAGGAACGCUCCUCCUCGAAAACCAGAGGACUUCAAUGCCCUGAGUCAUAGAUCUCAAGACACGCAAAUUCCAAGAGUCCCAGCCCCAAAGAACCCCAAAUCCUAAAGCCUCCAUCUCAUACAUGAAGGGCACCCCAAGGCCUUGAGGGGGGAUCCCAAAUCCUGGAGCCCCCGUUUCAAUGCACGUUCUGGUCAUAGGUCCAAAACACCAAAUCUGAGUCACUGACCCAAAUGACCUCACAGCACCCAGGCCAGACUAACAGCGUGAGGGAGACCCUGAGAGCCCAGAGAGUGCAGGACAGACCUGGGGGGCCUCACUACCAAGGACAGCUCAGACUACCCCCCUUAACUGCAUGUCCCAGACCUCAGCAUGACCCCUCUGCCCCCUUCAAUAAAGACGU